UAAAACAAGUGUCCUGUAAUAAAUACUCCCAUUAUGUAGAGUUCAGAUUGAUGCUCGUUCGGCUUAAGUAAUCUCCAGCUAUGAUCCUGUUGGGGUCCUUUAAAUUCUGUGGUAUUCUGUGUAUAAAUUGUUAUUUUCGUCCAUUUCCUGUCCUUGGCUAAAUGUCUUUUUGCACUCAUGACAACUGCAGGAGUACUACUUCAUUGGCAGCUGCAUGAACUGAGAAGGAGGAGUCAUGAGGGAGAGAUUGAGUAAAGGCAGAAGCAGGUAGAGUUCAUUUCAGAAUAAAGACAGACUCUCACUGCACCAGAAAAAUGGGCUCUGAUAACACCGCUUCCACCGCACCUCCACCAGAGGAUUUGGGUUUGCUUUUGACAAAUAUACGUAUCGUGUCCCUGUUCGUCUACAGCGUGGCAUUCGUGUUUGGGAUUCUGGGGAACGGUGCCGUCAUCUACGUGACGGCCUGCAGGAUGAAGAGAACGGUCAACUCAGUCUGGUACCUCAACUUGGCUCUGGCUGACUUCCUCUUCACGGCAUUCCUGAUUUUCACGAUCAUUUCCGUCUUUCGGGAGCACCAUUGGCAGUUUGGAGAAUUCAUGUGCAAGCUCAACAGCUUCAUGUGUGUAUUCAACAUGUUUGCGAGUAUCUUUCUUCUGACAGUCAUAAGUCUGGACCGGUGCCUGUCCAUCUGGGUGGUGGUGUGGGCACAAAACAAGCGCACCGUUCGCAAAGCGCAGGUCACGUGCGCGGUCGUCUGGAUUACUGCGGUUGUCUGCAGCCUCCCUUAUGCCCACUUUCGGAAGGUCCAAGAGGAUGAUGAUGAUGAUGAUGAUGAUGAGGAAGACAUGAAGACGCACUGUGCUUAUUCUGUACAACACAGUUUUUUUGACAUCUUCCGCUUUGUCGUGGGCUUCCUCAUCCCUUUCAUUGUAAUACUGGUGUCUUAUGUUGCAAUAGGGGUUCGUGUAAGCCGUUUGCAGAGGGCCGGGAAAAAUAGAUCUUGCCGAAUAAUUUUCUCUAUUGUUGUUGCAUUUUUCCUCUGCUGGUGUCCCUUUCACGUUUUUACUUUAAUUCAGCUGUAUUCCACUAACCCAAAUGUUGAGAACACAGCCCAUAUUGUGGGUCCUCUGCUUGCGGCCCUGGCUUUCCUGAACAGCAGCCUGAAUCCGAUUCUCUAUGUUUUCAUGUGUGAGGAAUUCCAGAGGAAGCUCAAGUCGUCCAUUUGCUUGGUCCUAGAGAGCGCCCUGGCAGAAGACCGCCUGUCAAUUUCGUCUCACCGCACUUUGUCGUCACAAUUUUCUCGGAUGACCCAGAGGUCCAACUCCACUGCACCCGCAGAGGCGAGUGGCACUGCUGGCACUUCCUUGAACGUUAAACAAUUCAAAGUGGUCAUCGCUGUGGAGACAGACAAUGAGAUGGAGAACACUGAAUAAGGUCUGCAGAGACACUUCUACAACUUCACAGAAGGAGGACCGAUGAGGACUGUAGGAGAUGUAAAUCAUGUGUUUCCUGAUACAUUUUGUAGUCAAUAGGCAGAGAAAAGAAGAGCACAAAUAAUAUGUUGAAGUAACUGAAUUAGUGCGUCGGGAACAUAACUUUUUAUUUUUUGAAUAUUUGCCGUGUGUGAUUUCGAUGUGUUUAUUUUAGAUUUAAUAUGACUAUGUCUAUGCAGCCAGAUGGUGUGAAAACACAUGUGUGCGUGUACUGUGGCUUUAAUAUCUAAAUACAAGGUUUUUUUUUUAAACAAUUGUCUUUUUUGCCAUGAAGACGUGAACUUAUAUUAAUCAGAAACAUAAAGUAAUUUGUUAUUUGUGAGACAAAGAGACCAUUUGUAUUUGUAUCUUUGUCUGCUUUCGAUGCCUCAGGGUGUUUAGCCAUCGUGAUUGAUCGAGAAGACUGUCACACAAGCCGGAGCUUUAAUUGUUCAGCUGGACAAAUUUCACAGUGAUUAAAAAGUUUUAAAGGUUUUUUCAGGAAAUGCUCUCUUCCUUCUAUAUACCCCUUUACACACUACUCCCCAGACAGUGUUAAAUCGUAAAAGAGUAAAUAUGCCUUACAACGUGGAACGUAGUUGAAACUUACUUCAGUUCAAAACAAGGAAAUUAAAAAGGAAAUGAACCAUGA